CAAAACAUUACGUCACUGAGAUUUGUUCGCCGCACUGGCUGAUGGGUGAAUUUUGCGGUAUUGCGAGACAUUUUGGAUUUAAAGGGGCUGGGCUGGGCGAAGGUUCUAGCUGUCGGUUUCCCUGAGCACUCGUAAAGAUGUCCACCAUGGUGUAUGCCCGGGAAGAGAAGCUGGAAAAGCUCUCUCAAGAGGAGAUUAUCUCCAACACCAAACUGGUGAUCCAGGGUCUGGAAGCUCUUAAAAAUGAGCACAACUCAAUUCUCCACAGUCUCUUGGAGACAAUCAAGUGCCUGAAAAAAGACGAAGAGGCCAACCUGGUGCAUGAGAAGUCCAACUUGCUGCGCAAGUCAGUAGAAAUGAUUGAGCUUGGACUUGGUGAAGCACAGGUUAUGAUGGCCCUUUCCAACCAUCUAAAUGCGGUGGAGUCCGAGAAGCAGAAGCUGCGUGCGCAGGUGAGGAGGCUUUGCCAGGAGAACCAGUGGUUGCGGGAUGAGCUGGCCAACACCCAACAGAAGUUGCAAAAGAGCGAGCAGAGUGUCGCUCAGCUUGAGGAGGAGAAAAAACAUCUGGAGUUCAUGAACCAGCUAAAGAAAUAUGAUGAGGACGUCUCCCCCACUCAGGAGGAAAAGGAUAGAGAAACGCCAAAGGACUCUUUGGAUGAUCUUUUCCCUAAUGACGAAGAGGAGCACGGCCAAGGAAUGCAACAUCAACAUAACAGUGCAGCAGUGGCCGCAGCCCAGCAAGGAGGCUACGAGAUCCCAGCUCGCCUCAGAACGCUGCACAAUCUGGUGAUCCAGUAUGCCUCACAAGGCAGGUACGAGGUUGCUGUGCCACUCUGCAAGCAAGCUUUGGAAGAUCUGGAGAAAACUUCUGGACAUGACCACCCUGAUGUGGCUACAAUGCUCAACAUCCUGGCUUUGGUUUAUAGGGAUCAGAAUAAAUACAAAGAAGCGGCACAUCUUCUCAAUGAUGCUCUGUCCAUCCGAGAGAAAACCUUGGGAAAAGACCACCCUGCUGUUGCGGCAACACUGAACAACUUGGCCGUGCUGUAUGGAAAGAGGGGGAAGUACAAGGAGGCUGAGCCUCUAUGCAAGAGGGCUCUAGAGAUCAGAGAGAAGGUACUGGGGAAAGACCAUCCAGAUGUGGCCAAACAGCUCAACAACUUGGCUCUGCUGUGUCAGAAUCAAGGCAAAUACGAGGAGGUGGAAUACUAUUACUGUCGUGCCUUGGAGAUUUACGAAUGUAGGCUGGGCCCGGAUGAUCCCAAUGUGGCCAAAACCAAGAAUAACCUGGCAUCCUGCUUUCUCAAACAAGGAAAAUACAAGGAGGCUGAGAUUCUGUACAAAGAAAUUCUGACUCGUGCCCAUGAGAAAGAGUUUGGAUCAGUGGAUGCUGAAAACAAACCUAUCUGGAUGCACGCUGAAGAAAGAGAGGAAAUGAGCAAGGGCAAACACAGGGAUAACACGCCUUAUGGAGAAUAUGGAGGCUGGUAUAAAGCCUGCAAAGUAAACAGUCCCACCGUGAACACCACAUUGAGGAACCUUGGGGCUCUUUACCGCCGUCAGGGCAAGCUUGAAGCUGCCGAAACCCUAGAGGAGUGCGCUGUGCGAUCUCGCAAGCAGGGAUUUGACCCCAUCCACCAGACACGUAUGGUGGAGAUCCUGAAGGAUGCUGAUGGCGAUAGGCGAAGGAGCAGAGAGAGCCUGAGCAGCGUCAAGUAUGAGAGUGGCUCGGAAACUGGCGAGGAAGUGAGUAUGGGCGUGGAAUGGAACGGGGCCUAAGCCAUCAAGAUUAUUCCUCCAUCCCUCUCUCCCUCCCACAACCAAUAGCUAAAGGAUAUGUGUUGUCGCUCCUCCCCAGCAGAGAAAGCCCCUCUUCCCCUCCCUCAGCUGUCACAUCAGUCCACUGUCCGACCGAGAGCUGCCGGGACGUUUGGUCUUCUCAUCUCCGCUCCUACUGGUUUUCCGUCUCUCUCUGCCACUAUCCUAUCCUUCCACUAACCCCAUGUUGGAAACUUUCACUCAUUGAGCAUAACAGUGCGUGCGUGCGUGCACUUGUCUGCCUCCCUUUCUUCAUUUUCCCUCAACUUGCUUUCACUGUAUGUAUGUUACACAUACGAAUUGUACAGUAGGCUGUAUUUACACUGCAGGUUGGCGUCAAUUUCAAGUGACACAUUUCUGAUGCACCUAUGUGUCCACUGAGGGGAUGCGCUGGAAUCAAAAUUGCAUGUAGAAUACACCACAAAUGUCAACACCGGUCAAUGAGAACAUGCAAGAAAACAAUUAUAAAUUUAAAUAUUAAAAGUUGAGUUGGGUAAUUGCUUAAAAUGCGUGUUACUUGACGCCGACAGCAACUAUUAUCUUUAAUGUUUAAUAUAUCUGUAAUCAUGCAGCAAAGUGUGAUGACUUAUAGCUUGUAUUGACAGGGUAUCGUCAAUUGGUGCUUAAACCAAGGGCGUAGGUUUGCAUUGGGACAGUAGGGACAUGACACUACCAACUUUUCAGGAUGCUCAAAUUGUCCCCACCAACUUUUGAGCAACCUUAUUUGCACGAUAUAUAUUUCAAUUUUCCCAUAUGUUAUGAGGGUGGAAUUGACCCUACCAUUAGUAAGUGAAGUACAUUUACCUCUAUUCACUCUGCCAGUCCAUUUUUUCCCCUCAAAUGCACGUUUAAUUGGCUGAUGACAUUUAUUUAAAAUGUACAGUGAUCCCUUGCUAUAUCGCGCUUCAAACUUCGCGCCCUCAGUCCAUCACGGAUAUUUUUCAAUUUAAAAAAAAGAUACAGUAUUUUGUUUAAAAAUGUUAACAUAAGCAUGUAUACAUGUACAAAUCAUUGUUUUCUUUCAUAUAUAUAUAUCAUUUAUAGCAUAACUAUUACAAUUGUAGUGCUUGAAAAACAAUUGAUUAAAUAUACAUAUACAUAUAAGGGUAUUUUUUUUGUUUUUGUUUUUUUAAACAUGUCUCAUCUGCAUCUCUUUCCAAUCAGUUUUGUUUUUGGCAGCCAUUUUAAUUUUUGUGUUAGUCUUUUGGAUAAAAAUAGGCAUAUUUUAGUCAUUUCAAAAUGUUUUCGUCUUUGUCUAGUUUCAGUCAAUGAAAAGUCAGACAAAUUUCAUCUAGUUUUAGUCGACAAUUUUCAAAUUUCGAGUUUUAGUUGACAAUUCUCAAAAUGUUUUCGUAUUUAAACUUCAAAAGUUUUUGUCCUUAAAUAAAUAAAUAAAUAAAAGGUUUCCAAGAAUUUCGAAUGAACAAGACAGACGAGCACAUAACUGUAGGGUCUACAAGGACGUAACCAUUUUCAUGAUAAUACACACUCAGCAGAAGAACAGCACAUUAUUUGCAAUUAAUUAAACUCACCUAGACGCCACGAACUGUAUGUAAAAUAUUUUCCAAGAGUUUUUGAAGACACCGAGUCACUGCGCUAAAUGCUAAUGCUUACGCUACAAAUUAGUUUCAUGUGUUCUGAUCACUCACUUUAAAGGCUAAAGCAACGUGGCAUAUCUAGCCAAGAUAAGAACGUAAAACUUACCAAGCGGCACCUAACAUAUGCUUCACAAAAUGAGGGUGGAAUGGGCACAGGCUUACUCACCGGUGAGUCAACGUGCGUGUGGGGCGGGGCGGGUGAGAGGCGCAGCACGUCAAAUGAGUGACACAACCAAACACAGCUAAUUGCAUACAAUAAGAAAAUAUCACACAUAGUACAUUUAUGACUGAAACUAUGGCGAAUCACCUCAUCCUCGUGUCAUCAGAUGACAGCUCGUUAUGUUUUAGUCUCCCAAGACAUGUUUCUUUGUUGACGAAAUAUUUUCAUGAUCGUCAUCGUCGAUGAAAACAACACUUUUUGCAAAUGUUGUUAAAUCUGAAUGAAUCCAUUGAACACAUCCAAAAAAUAUGAAUUUUUCAAUGUAAGUAAGCUCCGCCUCUUCUUAGCGGAUUAUUUAUUUUAUUUUUUAAUCUUUUUUUUUUUUUUUUUUUCUACAUUAUUUAUUUAAAAAUAUGUUUAUUUGCAACCUAUGCAGACAUUUUUUCAGAUAAUAAUACAUUAAU